AUCGAUAUAUCGGUUUAGCUUUUGUGAUAUCGAUAUCAGUAAGCGUCCCGGCCUAGCAUUAAUAAGCAUUUAGUUUUCCCGGCAAAAGUGUUAUUUUCCAAAAAUUUGCACUGAAGCACAAGAAAUAUAUUUCAUAUACAACGCGCGUAAGUAACUGUACAUAUGGCCACAGACAAAACUCCAAUGCAGGGUGCUCAGGUGCUCCUGAAGACCAAGACGCGAUCCGCCAAGAGGCGGGACUCCAACAGUGACUCGCCAAAGACCUGGCGAGCAUGCAAUAUUCGACUGUCAAAGCGCCUCCGACGCCUGAUUGUCGCCGAUAAGAAGCGGUCGCGACUUCGCGACCACGAAACUAAUAUAUCCCGCAGGAAGAUGGCUUUGUCGACCUGGGCUUUUUUAAUUAUCAUCCUUUGUGCUGGCCUAUGCCUGCAUUUCAAUGACAACUCCCUAACGGUAAAUGAAUUCUUGUUGAACUACAAGAACCAAUACUACUCGAUCGUCAACAACCGGGACAAUUACUGCGACCGCUUCCAGCGGCUGAGCGAUAUGGUUGUACAUGUCCGCCGCCAAGUCUUGAACCAGGAUCAGGCGCUGAGCGAUUUGGAACGUGCACUUGACAGCCCCACCCACCAGAUCAUUGCAUUAGUGGGCUCCUCCGGCGUAGGUAAGAGCCAAACUGCGCAUAUACUACACGACCGCUUUCCUUGGCCAGAGAAUGUAAAGACACUGUCGUGGAGCGGCACUCGAUCCCUGCGCCGGGUACAGGGAAUGCUGUCCCAUCUCGUACACUGCGGUCAGAAUAUGAUCCUGAUUGACAACAUGAUACCCGAGGAUGUGGAGCAUGUGCCCGUCAUCAAUGAAAUGAUAAAAGAACGCAAGGAUAUCGCCAAUAACACUGAGCAGCCGCACCUGAAACGGUUGACCGUAGUGCUUAUCUUUUCCGUGAGUCGGAUGCAAGCCAACGCGACCUACGAGGAGGAAAUUCAGUCUGUGCAAAAACUGCCAAAUACCCAUGUGAUUAGCUUUGCCACCCUGGAACCCAUCCAUCUCAUCGACUGCAUCCGUAGGGAGGCGAGGAUUAACAAAGUGGUUUUAGAUGAUGGUGAUAUUGAGGAAAUACGCAGGGGCAGUGAUGUGCACACCUUUGGCUGCAAGGCCGUACCGGCUAAAGUGCUGCUCUACGGAAAACCAAUGAUCUCCGAGGAUCGUAAAGGUAACGUAGGCCAUUCAAUAGACUGAAUAACUUAGAUUAGCAUUACACCAAGAGCGUUCCAAUUUAGAAGUUCUUUAAAUUUUAUUUUGAUAAUGUCGAAGACAAUUCUGAAAGCCAUACGUGAUAAAUUUAAAAGGAUAUUAGGACAAGACAUUAGGACA